AUGCUCGACAAACGAUACGAGAGAUACGCGGGAAUGAGAAGAGAUGCAACGUCACAGCUAUCCCAGGCAGAGAUAGACGCUGACGACGUUGAAGAUGAAAAGAUCACUCUCGCAAUCAGCGCGCACAAGGACGAGAUCGCUGUGGCUUCUUUCGAUACACUAACUCACAAGAUACGCGUCAUGCAGGAUACCCCUGAUAGUUCAUCUCAUCAUCUUAUCACCACCAUUUUGCAUCAGCUGCAGCCAGACGAGGUAUACUGCUCACUCACUGCACCCGAAUCGCUCAUCGAUGCUGUUGAGCUCUUCAUCGCCAGUGUAAAAACAAACGCUGUUCUCCACCUCAAUCCUUGGAAGGAUUUCGCUUAUGAUCCAUCCAAGUCGCGUAUUUUGCAGCUCAAUUUGUCCAACAUCGAAUGGUCUAAUGAUUUACCUGUUACGCCUACAGCUACUCCCCAGUCAGCAUUCCAACAGCAGUCCGUUGACAUGAGCGCAAUGGAUGAGCGCUCCAAGGAAAUCUACCUAUCGGGCCUGAUUAAUUUCGACUUCAAGCUCUCAGUUGGAGCUGUAGGCUGCUUGAUAUUGACCUUGCAGCGCCAUCUCGCUCAGGAGGCACCCGAGGCCAUCACUUCUGCUUGUUGUCGAGUGGAAGAUCUAGCUGUGGUCGGUUUGGAGACGUGGCAAGUUGACAAGGUGAUGCAGAUCGAUAACGAUGCAUUGAUGGCGUUGGGUGUGUUCGCUGAUGAACAGCACGCAUCGAUGCACUCCAAUAAAAGCAAGGAAGGUCUGUCAUUGUUCAAUCUUCUUUCUGAAACCAAGACACAUUCUGGUACACAGCUCCUGCAGAGAAGAUUAAGACAGCCGAGCUGCGACGUCAAAGUGAUCAACAACAGACUCGACGCCAUAGCUAUACUGAUCCAUCCGCAAAAUGUCAAUGCUGUGGCUGCGAUGCGUAAAAGCUUAUCGAAAGUCGGAAAGGGUGUCAAUGUGUUGCAUGUGUUCAACUCGCUCAAAGUUGGUAAAACGAGUUAUCGUUUCUUUAGUUGUCUCGUUCAGUUGACAGUACUCGCUCAAGAGCAGUACGAAAUCAUUGCAAGUCUCGCUGUACUCGAAUCUAAGCAGUUGAUUCUGGAUAUACUUACUGCAUUUGACAUAUCCACUUGUCAUACUACCAGGGAAGCUAUAAUGUUCGCGGUCGAUUUUGUCGAAUCGAAACGAUCGCGCAGACUAAUCAUCGCUGAUGGGUUCGACGAUGAUCUUGACACUAUUCGCCACAAGUACGACAGCAUAGACAGUCUGCUGUCGCAAAUCGCUCUGCAAAUCUACGAUGAAACACCACCUGGCGUUGCUGAGGAGAUCAAUGUGGUCUACUUUCCACAAAUUGGAUACCUGAUUGCUAUUGAUGUUGUCAACAACCACUACGAAGAUGUCGAAGAUAAAGACAUGAUCGGUGCGCGCAUUGGAUGGGUGUAUCAAUUCAUGACCGAAUCAGUUGUGUAUUUCAAAUCAGACAGGAUGUUUGAGCUUGACGCCCACCUCGGCGAUCUCGCAACGAUGAUCGCAGACAGAGAGACAGAGAUAGCGUAUGAUCUCAGUCAAUUUGUGUUGAGCUAUACAAAGGAGCUGUCUAAAAUGGCUGCAGCAAUUGCCGAGCUGGAUAUACUACUCGCACUCACGCGCAUAAGCGAAUUAAACAGUUUCAGCAAGCCACUGAUUGCAACAACUCCAAUCAUCAGGAUAUCAGAGGGCAGACAUCCGCUUCAAGAAAUGUGCGUCAAUGAUUUUGUGCAAAAUGACACUUUCUUCAAGAAGACAAGCGAGACGAGAAUCAGAGUCGAUGAUGAUAUCGAUAUUAUAGAGAGCAGAGGCACUGCUCCGAGCGCCUCGCACACUCCUGCUCCGCGCACACCCACGCACCAGCUGAGCAGCUUCUCAGCCACCGGCUCUGACAGACAGACUAGCGUUCAGUUAAACAACUCAGCUAUGGUUAUUACAGGUGCCAAUGGAAGUGGAAAGAGCGUGUAUCUCAAACAAGUCGGUCUGAUUGUUAUCAUGGCGCAGAUUGGAUGUUACGUCCCUGCUGAAUCUGCUACUAUUGGUUUGGUAGACAAACUCUUCACUCGCAUUAUGUGCAAAGAGUCGUCAUCGAAAAUGCAGUCGGCAUUUAUGAUCGACUUGGCUCAGGUUACACACGCUAUGCGCAAUGCUACCGGCCGUUCACUCGUCUUGAUGGAUGAGUUUGGAAAGGGAACUCUUCCAUCAGAUGGCGCAGGGAUUUUUGCAGCGAGUGUCAACCAUCUGGUUAAGAGGGGCGACGAUUGUCCAUUCGUGAUUGCCACUACACACUUUCACGAUCUUUGGGGUAGCGGAUACAUCAACAUGGACGCACCGAUCACUGUUGCUCAUAUGCGCGUUAAGAGUGGCAGAGACGAGAACGGGAAGCCAGUGCUGACCCAUCUACAUAAACUUGAGUUAGAGCUCAGCAUGGACUCUGGAGCUUUUGAUUGCGCGUUAGUGAAUAACAUACCUGCAGAAAUAGUCGAUAGGGGGAGGUAUAUCUCACAGCUUUACCUGCUAGACACACUUGACGAAGUAGCUCUGGAAAACUUGGACGCUGAACCAUCAGAAGAAGUGCUGGAGGCGCAAGCGAUAAUGAAGAGAUUCUUAGAAUGGGAUAUUCAACACGCAUACACUAAUAACAGUGACCCGAAUGCAAUCAUACAGCAUGUUAAUGACAGCAUCAUCGAAGGUGUGAUCGUGUUCGACUGA